UUUUUUCGGUACUUAUUUUUUUUACGGAUUCCUUUUGUUCUUUCCUUAUCCUUUUUCUUUUCCCCCAAAUUAUAUUUUUCGCUCUUUUUUCCAAUUUUCUUCAUUGUUAUUAUUUUUUUCCCAAACCACAUUCUUAAACCAUUUAGAUUUAGAUCAGUGAUCGGAUUGAUGCUGUAGCACCACGGUAUAUGAUCGGUUUAGUAAAUUCUAUGGGAAAAUGUUUUUUCAUGACAAUAGAUUGUUAUAAUUGUUUUUGGGGGAUUGUGAAAUAUUUUUUUGGAAGGAUUGCUAACUGUCGCCUGGGCGAUCACCGCCUGG